UUCAAAGGAAGAAACGAUCGACAGACGUCCGCCCGCAUUUUUGUUUUCUGGUACAAAUGGGAGGAAAAGCUUACAUUAGCCAUGAAAGCCCAAGUUUUUUUAUUUAUCCUCUUUUCACUCUAGUUGUUCUUUCUUUACACUCUUUUUUUUUUCCCACAUCACAUUACACUAUGGUUUUACUACAGCCAAAAGGAGCAGCCGAACCAAAAUUCACAGCAGGCGAGAAGAGGCUAGCAAAACUGCAGGAACAAAGCGACAAACUUAAGCAACAGCUACAGAUGGACUGCAUACCUGUUUCGGAUGCUUCCCGCGAUUUGAUCAACUACUGUAACAAUACCAAAGAUGCAAUGCUUCCAUCGGUAUGGGGAAGGGAGAUGGAAACGCUUUGGCUGGAACACCAAGCAGCUGGUUGUCAAUGCCAGAUAAUGUAAAGGACCAGAUGGAAAAGGAACCCACGCGAAACACUACCAUUCGUCCUACUAGCUUACUUAAUAUCCUUCAAACAAAAGUCGUUCUAUGUUGAACGUAAACGAUCUUUUGGGUGAAUGAGACUGGGUCAUACAUUUAUAUAAUCUGCACCAUCUAUAUUUCUUUUCAACCCAUCCAUGGGCCCAGCGAAGGCUUUAUACCUAUCAAAAACCCUGUUUAAUUCCUUUAUCUCAACAAAAAUAUAUCUUUCCACUCGUAUAGACUUGGACUAUGUUUCGGAAGCAUGCACUGUCAAGUCAUAGAGGUCGUGCUGCAAGUAAUACAGUAAUAGCUUAGUCUACUUUGCAUGAUAAGCAUCACGAUAAAAUCUGCAUCCUUCUAAG